AUGGCCGAAAGAAAAGAAAAAGAUAAGCACAAAGAACAAUACAGCCAAACUCCCCAAAUGCCUAGAAUCCUCCCUGCAUCAUUAAGCCAAAAAUCCUUAAAAAAUGAGCCUGGUUCCUCUUCUUUUCCUAAGCUUGAGCCUACUAGCAUUACUCCUUUUCCUGGCAUUUCCCCUAUCCCUAUAGAUAAUCGUUUUAGCCCCUUAGGAUCUACAUUGAGCCAAAUGAGACCUAAUUAUCAAUCUGCACUUACAUCUAGCUAUGAUCCUUUUGGAUUACCUCCUACUGCCACCCCAUUUUCUUCUUCUACAUUUAGACCUAAAACUUCUCCAUACAUUUCUAAAACCACUGCUAAUCUUUUUAUUGUUGAGCCCCAUGUUUCUACCUCUAUGAGCCCUGCAAUGAUUGCCCUGAAUCACUUUCCUCCUGGAUUUCAUUAUCUUCCUCACAGCCCAUAUAAGUCCCUUAAAUUCUACCGAGAAAUACUCCAUGAGACUAAAUCUGUUGAUAUUAAGCCCAUUCGUGACAAAAUUGAUCCCCAAAAAAUUAUUUACCAUUCCCUUUACAUCUAUCAGGUUCUAAGCCAGAAAAGUUGGGGUGCACACCCUUAUGAGUUAAGAACACUCCCUUCUAAAUUACAAUACAACUAUGCUGAUUAUGUUGAGUCUUUCUAUUACAUAUUCCUACAUCAAACCCCUGAGUUUUCGCAUUCCUGGUUUAUUAAUUUUGAUAAUAAAUUUCGUUCUGAGCUCCCUUACUGGUUUCUUCACUGGUGGGAUACACAUGGCCCUCAAUCCGAAAUUAUUCCUUUACAAAUCACUGAGCUUAUUACUACAUUCUCUUCUAAAGUCAAACUCUCUGAGCGUGAUUUGUUCUUUCCUAUGCCCUUGUUAUUUUUUACUCUUUAUAAGAUUCCUUGGAUUAUGAAAUGGUCUUACAAUAUUAAUUGGGAAUCUCGUAUUUUUUCCCGUCAAUUUUCUGUUAAAUGGUGGGAUCGUUUUGAGGUCCACCGUAUUGCUGAGUAUUUUUACAGAGAUUUCCCUAAGCCACCAAAACAUGAGCCUGAACCGACCUCUUCACAUUCCUCCCAGACAAAUCUCUCUGUGGAAGGAAAAUCUAAAACUGAGCUACAAGACAUGGCUAAGCAAUUACUCCUACAGGCCUCACAAAUGCAAGAUGAUAAUGAAGCCAAUGAGUCACAGUCUUCUUCUAGCUGCCAGCCCCGCCAACAAAGUCCUAGUCCUAGCCCUGAUCGACCCAUGAGAUGGUCUGACUAUCCCCAUGGUCAAGACCCUAAUGAAGCCUAUGCCUCUUAUGAUUUGAAUUCAGACUGA